CAUCUUUAAAAAAAACAGAGGGAGUAAUACACUUUUCAAUCGGAGCAUUCAAGUGUCACGAAUCGAAAGAGAGAAAGCUCGAUCGGAAGAAGAAGCCAAUGGUUGGUCCAGGAAGACCUCAAAUCGUCCUUUUCGGUUCGUCAAUCGUACAAUAUAGCUUCAUCGAUGGUGGAUGGGGAGCCACUCUCGCUAACAUCUACUCUCGCACGGCUGACAUAAUCCUCCGUGGGUAUGCUGGUUGGAACUCCAGAUCUGCCUUGAAGGUGUUAGACCAAGCGUUCCCAAAGGUCUUAGACCAAGUGUUCCAAAAGGAUGCUGUAUUACAACCUUCUUUGGUGAUAGUGUACUUCGGUGGGAAUGAUUCAAUGCCUCCUCAUCCAUCAGGUCAAGGAGGAUCUCAUGUUCCUCUAUCUGAAUUCACUGAUAACAUGAGGAAGAUCGGAGAGCAUCUUUUGAGCCUUUCGGACAAGACCCGUGUCAUUUUUCUCUCUCCCCCACCAAUGAAUGAGAGACAGAUCCAAGUAGUGUUUGGAGAUGCAAUGAGAGGACGUAGUAACGAGCUGUGUCGUCCAUACGCAGAAGCUUUGUUGAAUCUAUGCAGGGAGAUCAAUGUGAAAGGUAUCGAUCUUUGGAACGCAAUUCAGCAACAAGAUGAUUGGUUAAACACUUGCUUCACCGAUGGGAUCCAUUUCACGGCCAAGGCAAGCGAGAUUGUCGUGAAGGAGAUACUGAAGGUUGUGAGAGAAGCUGACUGGAAACCGAGUCUUCACAGGAAGGCAUUACCGAAUGAGUUUCCUUUUGAUUCUGGUCUACCAAACUCCCUUAGCCUUAGUGAUCUAGAGUUAACCAGAAACAAGAAGUUGGAGCCACCACCACCUGGACCUGGUAUGGCCCGGUUGUAGAAACAACUUAGCGCUUAUACAUUGACAUGUUUUUGAACCCUUAGGCUAUCAUGCAAGUUGAGUUUGUUAUAGUACUCUAGGUGUCAGUAGAUCUACCAGACUAUCACAAUACGAGAAAGCUUCUGAGUCAAGGCAGUCUUUGUUACCAAACACAAAUAUAUUGUUAUGAUAAAAUCAUUAUCAUAA